ACCGCGAUCCUGCGUAUUCUAAAUUAUAUCUGCCUGUCCCCUGAACCUGUAAGAACGCCUAUUGCUGCUACCGAGCGUAUAUAAGACAGACGGCAUCCUAUCACAAUGCGCAGUGUUAGAUUACCACCUCGACGACAACGGUCAUCGUGUUGUCGGCUUAGCAGUAACUCGCUCCCACAGUCGGUCCCCGUAAUUCAUACACGCAUCGACAGCCAAGCCUCGUCGAUCUCGCCCGUGGUUUGAUAGUGCCGAGAAAGUGCAAAGUUCGCUUGGACACUUGUCGUUCGUCAUGCAGAACAUACGCGCCUCAAAUCUGCUCGGUGCGACGCGCAUCGACACCGAGAAGUCCACCACCGCCACCAAUUUCGUCAAGGAUGCACCGAAGAUCACGAGAUACACGUUGGCCGACUCGGCCGACGAGACGAACAGCAGCAUGGAUUAUCACAUCGAGAUAAUCAACAAGGAUGACAAAUUGAAAGUGCUGAAGUUCCUGAGGAGGUUCUUCUUCAGAGACGAGCCGCUCAAUCAGUGUAUCCAAUUGAUCCCGGAAGGUGAAGAUAGUACCUGCAUCGAACUGGAGGACUAUUGCAGCACUGCAUCACUCGAAAAUGGCUUUAGUCUGAUGGCAGUUUCCGCGAGUGGCGCGAUUGUGGGAGUUAUGCUCAAUGGCAAAAUGGAUCCCCCAUCAAACGAAGAACCAGAAUACAUAUCGUCAUGCACAAAUCCGAAAUUCAAGAAAAUAUUACGGUUAUUGCACUACGUAGAUAAAAAAGUGAACGUAGGCGGACAAUUUCGAGAUUUGAACAUUAUGGAGAUUAGAAUAAUCUCGGUAGACACAAAUUGGAGGGGACAGGGAAUCGCGAAGGCCCUCGUAGAAAAGAGUGUGGAGAUUGCGAAGGAACAAGGGUUCCAUUACGCGAGGGCGGACUGCACGUCCUUGUUCUCUGCCAAGCUCUGCGCACGAAUUGGCUUUGAUGCGGUGUACAAACUCGAUUACAAUGAUUACGUGGAUGAAGAUGGAAAGCCAGUCUUUUCACCUGCAUUACCUCACACAUCGGUGAUGUCAUAUAUGAAGAAAUUAUGAGAACCACAUUCAAAAAAAAUUAUUUCUGAAAUGGAGUACACGACAUAAAAUAUUUGUUUCAAGAAACAAUAGUUGUGUUAUAGACUUACAGUUGAUACGAUAGUAAAAUUUUUUAAACAUGA